AUGGCUUCGUAUCUCAAAUACGUGAUACCCUUUAUAUUUUCUAUCAUCUUCAACUUCUCUGCCAUUAGAGCACAGGGCCUUUCUUAUCAGUACCAAGUUUGUUCAACAAACAAAUUCACUCCCAAUAGCACCUUCCAAAGCCAACUCACAACCCUCUUCUCUUCCUUAACUUCUGAAGCCUCCAAGAAUGUCCAAUUCUUCAACAACACCAUCACUGGGACAAACUCUUCCUACACAGUCUACGGAUUAUUCAUGUGCAGGGGUGACAUCCCCUCCGACAUGUGCAAUCACUGUGUCGGAAACGGAACACAGAGACUAUCCACACACGCAGACUGCACCUUGUCCAAAGCAGCAGUGGUGUAUUACGAUGAGUGCAUAGUUAGGUAUUCCAACCGUUCUUUCUUCUCCACCCUAACCAUGCAAGCUGGUUAUGCCCUUUGGAACCCCACCAAUAUGACCAACCAAGAAAGCUUCAAGACUUUACUGUAUGACACCAUGAACAAAACUACGGAUGAAGCAGCCCAUUUUCCUACUGGUUCUAAAAAGUUCGCCACAAGGGAAACAAGCAUAGACAUAUUUCAGAAGCUUUAUUGUCUUGCUCAGUGCACACAAGACCUGUCUCCCGGCGAUUGCAGAAGCUGUCUCGAUAGCUUGAUAAACUUUGAUCUUCCGGACUGCUGUGCAGGAUCCCAGGGAGGAAGAGUUUAUUACCCGAACUGCAUCAUCAGGUUCGAAAUUUACCCUUUUUUUCGAUCCCUUUCAACGGCACCAACACCAUCACCGGCAGGACUAGUUCCUCCGGCCAAUUCAGGAGAAAAUGAAAGAAGUCGAUCUCGAACAAUUACCUUAAUUGUUGUUCCCAUUGUUAGUUUGGCGACUUUCUUGAGUCUAAUUUACUAUAUUCUCAGGAGAAGAGCGAGGAAGCUUCGUAAGAUUCUUCUUAGAAAAAAUUUUGGGGAAGAAAGUUCCACUCUAGAGGGAUUGCAAUUUGAUUUGGCUACCAUUAAAGUAGCAACAAAUAAUUUUUCCCUUGAGAACAAGAUUGGAAAAGGUGGAUUUGGAGAGGUUUAUAAGGGUAUUCUUGUUGAUGGGCGACAUAUAGCUGUUAAAAGACUUUCAACUAAUUCUAGACAAGGUUCAGUCGAGUUUAAAAAUGAAAUUUUAUUGAUAGCUAAACUCCAACAUAAAAAUCUUGUGGCGUUGAUAGGAUUUUGUUUGGAAGAAGAAGAGAAAAUCCUUAUUUACGAGUAUGUAUCAAAUGGUGGUUUGGACUACUUUUUAUUUGGGAAUCAAGAGGGGAAGUUAAAUUGGUAUCAACGUUAUAAGAUUAUUAAAGGAACUGCUCUUGGAAUUCUUUAUUUACAUGACUAUUCUCGACUUAAAGUUAUUCAUCGUGAUCUUAAACCAAGUAAUAUUUUAUUGGAUGAAAAUAUGGAUUCUAAAAUAUCAGAUUUUGGAUUGGCUAGAAUUAUAGACAUAGAGCAAAAUCGCGUGGAAACUAAACGCAUAGUUGGAACAUAUGGUUACAUGUCACCUGAAUAUGCAAUGUUUGGACAAUUCUCAGAAAAAUCAGAUGUGUUUAGUUUUGGAAUUAUUAUUUUUGAGAUUAUUACUGGUAAGAAAAAUGGAAAUUCUUAUGGACCAAACCAAGGUGAAGAAGGCUUGAUGAGUAAUGUUUGGAGAAAUUGGACGAAUCGAACACCAUUGAGUAUAGUUGAAUCAAAUAUGAAAGAAAUAUAUUUUGAAAGUGAAGUGAUUCGUUGCAUUGAAAUUGGUUUAUUAUGUGUCCAAGAAAAUCCAGAUGAUAGACCUACAAUUGCAGAAGUUGUUUCUUAUCUUAAUGAUCUCACACUUGAAUUGCCAUCUCCUCAAGAACCAGCAUUUUUCUCUCAUGCAAUAGAUCCAAAAAUAGUCAUGCAGCAGCAGGGGUCAAGUUCCAACUCAUCUGUUGUUGCUUCCAUACCAUUUUCUAUCAAUGAAAUGUCUAUCAGUGACUUUUAUCCACGAUGAUAUAUAUGUUAGCUUUAUUCUAAAUAUAUCUUUACUUUCUAGAUGACUAUCAUCUAUGAAUAAUUUUCAUUUUUAAUAAUGUGACUGUUUUGAAAAAAAAAAUUCUUAAU